AUGGGUUCCGAUUCCAGCGACAACGUCCCCCCCUCCCCAGCCUACUUCCCCACCUCCGCCUCGUCCCCCCUCCACCCCCCAACCGCCCUCUACACCUCUUUAAAAACCCUCCCUCCCACCUCCCUCCACACCACCCUCUCCUUCCUCAUCCCUCCCCGCAGCGGAAAAGCCUGGCACGUCCCCGCCGGCUCCCUCUUUCGCCUAUCCACGCCCCAAGGACCCCAAGUCGGCGACCUAAACAUCUGGAACGCACAUGACCCACGCGAGCGAUUCUGGGCCGCUCGUACAAGACAGUUGCAGAGUAGCCAUGUCAAGGAAGGGGAUCGGUUGUGGAGUUGUCUCCCGUUCAUGAGACCGUUGUGUGGGGUGAUUGAUGAUGGGUGUGAGAUAGGUGAUGUUGGGAGGGAGGAGAAGAGGGAUGCCAGGGGUGGUGUUACUAAAUGGGGUGGGAGGUGUCAUGAUUUGUUGGGGACGAGGUGUGAUCCUUAUGUUAAUAACAUGCUCUCCUCAACAUCCUACAACUACCACUGCCACUCCAACCUCGUCCGCGCUGUUCUUCCCCACGGUCUCACGGAAUACGACGUCCAUGACGUGCUCAAUGUGUUUCAAGUCACGGGUCUUGACUCUCAAGGGCGGUACUUUAUGGAAGCUAGUCCCGCGAUGGAAGAUAGUUAUAUUACUUUCUUCGCGGAACAGGAUUUGCUUUGUGCGUUGAGUACGUGCCCGGGAGGUGAUUUAAGUAGGUGGGGGUGGCAUCAAGCCGAGGAGGAAAAGGAACAGGGAGAGGGGAUGAAGAGUACUUGUAGACCGAUUGAAGUGGAGGUAAUGGAGGUUUUGGAUAAGGCGGUGUUGGAAGAGUGGAAGAGGCCGGAGAGGAGUGGGUAUAGGGGGAUGCAUGGGAUGGGUGUUCCGGAGGGAGAGGUUUAG